AUGCCUAAAGCAAAAUCUGACAAGGAAGCGAGGAGCAAGAAGACCACUGUGGCAUCGUUGCUAAAGGGUCUCGAGAUGUUCGACAUCGGACAUAACCCGGAGAAGGGCGUUGCGAAGGCUGGGCCUGACGGAACUCCCGCACGUGGAGUGCGAAUCCGAGCAGGCCAGAGAAUGAGGAGGGAUGGCGUCAUGACCAGAACUGAAGGCCCUGCCUGGAUGAAGUCAACCACCAUUGCCAACGUCAAGGAUUGGCUAGGCCUGGACAUCUACAAUAAAUGGGUCAAGAGCCGAGAGCGCAUGGUGAGCGACGCAGUGUCACACAAAAUCAGUACUACGGACCACACGCGCUAUCCAGCAAUCAGCGAAAUCAUCCCCAAUCUGAAGAAGCGCUUCAUACUUCGGAUCCCUCCCGAGCUCAACCCGCCACAGCCCGUCUGUCUCGCACGCUGGCCAGGUUCAAUUAAAAGAGAAGAGGCAAAGCGACUUUUCCAGCUUUGGGAUGAUUUAGUGAAUCCAUCCGAUGGACGCGCCUUCGUCUUUCAUACGCCCGAUGCCGACAAUCGUUCCGCUACGCCUGCCGCUCACUUUGGCUGCUGGUGUCACUACACAAACACCCCCCAUAUUACUGCGGACUCUCUUCCGGAAGAUCCCAUUGUCGCGGAAAGACUUCGUUUGUUUCUCGAAUACGUGGGCGCUACGAUUGUUCCCGCGGCGGGAAAUAUCCUCGAGCAAAUUGCGCCGGCUCAGCUAGGAGUUGUCAACAAGCUCCAAGAGUACUGUCUUGAAGAAUGUGGCGAGAGUCUCAGGUCCCGCAAAUGGUUACAAUUCCAGUACUUCGUCACCAUGGCGGUGAAGGAGGGCAGCUCGGAGAAAUCGCAUCUGGACCUUAUGGAUUGGAAGGAUUGGCUUACUCUCGUGUUCUCCAUCGGAACAUACGAGAGCGACUCGUUCUUCGUGCUCCCGCAGCUGGGCUUGAAAGUCAACAUGCGACCGGGUGAUGGCAUUGCCUUCCUAUCAAAUCACCUCAUGCAUUGGGCUACAUAUCCAACGGAUGGAAGGCGUCUUGUAUUCACCUGUUUUGUGGACAAGAUCACAUUCCUGCGCGUGUUUGGGCAGCAACGUUAA